GAACCCAGUCUGCUAAGCACUGCUUAGCGAGCGUCGAGGCGGGGCCGCAGGGUUGGCUCCCAAAGGGAUGCUCUCGCCCGAGCGGCGACUCCAGCCCCGCUCGCCCCUGGCCGCUGCCGCGCCGCAGCCGCCCGCCGACAUGGCCCUCUACUGCGGGGACAACUUCGGCGUAUACUCGCAGCCCAGCCUGCCGUCUGCAGCAGCCACAGCCGUUCCCGGCGCGCCCCCGGCCGGCCGGGCGCCCUACGGGCUGGCCGACUACACUGCGCCGCCGGCCGCCGCCGCCAACCCCUACCUGUGGCUCAAUGGACCCGGCGUGGGUAGCCCAGCCUCCGCCGCGGCCGCGGCGUACCUGGGCGCCCAGCCGCCACCGCCGCCGCCCCCCGGCGCCGCGGCCGGGCCCUUCCUGCAGUCGGCGGCCGCCAGCAGCUCCUUCGGCUGCGCUCAGCGGGCUUUUGCGCAACCCGCGCCCGCCGCUCCCGCCUCGCCCGCGGCGCCCACCGCACAGGGCGAGCUGAGCUGGCUGUCCAUGGCAAGCCGCGAGGACCUGAUGAAGAUGGUGCGACCACCUUACUCCUACUCAGCGCUCAUCGCCAUGGCCAUCCAGAACGCGCCGGAGCGCAAGCUCACCCUCAGCCACAUCUACCAGUUCGUAGCCGACAGCUUCCCCUUCUAUCAGCGCAGCAAGGCCGGCUGGCAGAACUCCAUCCGCCACAACCUGUCUCUCAACGACUGCUUUAAGAAGGUGCCCCGUGACGAGGACGACCCAGGGAAGGGUAACUACUGGACGCUGGACCCAAACUGUGAGAAAAUGUUCGACAAUGGCAACUUCCGCCGGAAGCGAAAGCGCCGCUCGGAGGCCAGCAGUAGCUCCUCCGUGACUGCCGGGGCGACCAAACCGGAAGACGGGCUCUCCUCAGCGUCGAGGGCUGGCGUGGCCGUGAAGCCUGAGGGGGACAGCACCUCCAUGUUGAGGCCUUCGCAGUCCCCGGAAUCCCCUGAGGGCACCAAGAGGACCACCUCGUCCCCCGGAGGGGCCGCACUCACCUCCACCCCUUGCCUCAGCACCUUCUUCAGCAGCCUCAGCACCCCGAGCCUCAGCGGCGGGAGCAGCGGGAACGCGUCGAGGGCCCUGCCAACCGGUCGCCCCCUGGGCCUCCCGGCCGCCCAGCUGCCCUCCAGCACCCCCUUCCCUCCGAACCCCAUCUCGGAGGCCUCGCCAGAAGCCCUGCAGCUGAGCACCCUCACCACCACCGGCGGCAGCAGUAGCAGCAAUGGCGCCAGCGGUCAGCGGCCUUCCUAUUACAGCCCCUUCCCAGCCAGCACCAGCGGAGGCCAAAGCAGCCCCUUCAGUAAUCCGUUCUACAACUUCAGCAUGGUCAAUAGCCUCAUCUAUCCACGCGAGGGCUCUGAGGUGUAGCGCUAGCGCUGGGCUUUGCAGACAUCUUGGUUAGAUACACUUGGCCAUUCUGCAGGUCUUGCGUGUUAAACCCAAGUGGGUCCUACGAUUUCUUCUAGGCUACUGUUGGGUCUUUGUGCAUUCAGCCAACCAUACUUGGAUCACAGGGGCAUAGGGUGAGAGCCCUUUGCAUAAGCCAGCAAGCUGCUUCAUCAGGCUUCUCUGGGUCCUAGCCUCAGAACAGAAAGCCAGCUCACAGGGAGGGCUCCGACCCCGUCUUCUCAUUCAUCAU